UCAAUUUCAUGUGUAAUAACACAAAAAUGCCAGGCCAACAGCGUAGGUAGCCAUAUACUUUCCACAACGAAACACAUACAUAUAAUAGUAGUUCGGUUCCAUAUGAACGGAAAAUAAGCACUGUAGAUCCAACGUUUAUUGAAUAGGUAAACUUAUCGAUUCAAUGUGGAAGCGACGCGGUAGAAUUAAACGCCAUGUCGUUACGACGAAAUUCAUCAUAUGACAUUUUCAUAAUAUAGCCGUAUGUCUUUGUGUAAACUAUAGUUUAUAACAAAUUGCUAGCGAAAGCCAUAGCGUUCCUAAAAUCAAAACCUCAAACGUAACUCAUAGCCUUUGGAAAAUUCUUCCUUUUAGUAGCGCGAGUAGUUAUGACACCAACUGAAUAUCGGGAACGUAGUUAGCAGCAAGAGAAAAAACUGGCCCGGAUUUUUGCGGAAAGCUUUCCCGGGCAUUUUCUUUUGACUUGUGUCCAGGGUUCGUUGGUGUUCCACGAAGUUCCACAUUGGACAGCUGCAACUUCAGGUUUGUAUUUGCCCCAAGCUCAUAUCUUUUUCUAUUCCACUAUAAUUUACAGAUUAAUGUGUAUUUUUGACAUACGUAACGCUGUAUAAGUAUGCAUUUGUAGCUAACAAUUUAUGUAUUUGUUUCGACGGCACGUAUUCUGUUGACACUCCUUUCUGUCCCAUAAAGUUUCUUGAGCUCUGAGACAGGACAAUGUUUGUGUUCGUUAUUUCUAUAUUCAUGUCGUCUGUAUCACUACUACUUUCCCCUCUCGUAGGUAUGGCAAAGUUUCUGCAAGUGCUCCUCCCUGCUUUUGCCUUUCAUUCGGAACACCGAUACAGUGACGAUCACUCAUCAUGAAUGUUGGCCCGUAGCUCUUUUUCGUGUAUCACCUUGCCCUAUCGCCGUGCCGUUCAGAACCUAUAUGCACCUGUCUGGUGGGUAGCUUGUGUAUGUAAGGACUACGUAGACCUUCGACAUGUCCAGAAUACUAUAUAUUUCGCGCUCUUGAUCUUAUGGACGCCGUAGGUUCGCCUUGCGGUGGGGCGUUGGGCCUUUGGAGCUUUCGGUUGGCAUGCUACUGCUAUUGCUACUGUUGUCCUCUUCCACCCCAAUGUGCAGGCCACUCCGCUGACAGCCGGCGAUUGCCCGUCCCAAUGUGGAGAGGGCGAGUAAGAGAGGGAAGUUUGCGAGUCGACACGAACCGAACUAGAAAUCCGGAGCUGCUUGCUCGAUCUGCGACUCAGCUCCAUAAAACAGGCAUCCAGUCGUAGCCACGGCCCGGUGAGCCCGUUGGGUUGAAAACACGUAUGUGAGCUGCACCGGGCAACCGACAUAAGUACGGCAGGAUAUGGGAAGAGACAAGAUCGGUGUUAGUACGUGAAGUGCCGGUCGCCAUCGAGCCGAUUUAACUUAACCAAUGCUUGAUAGUUUUAAUAUGUAAUAAUAGUAUUAGUAGAAAUCGGCGGCUAGAUGAAAAGAGCGCGCAUUCACAGAAUGAGCUUUGUGUGACUGUUCUAGGAGUGAUUAAAUGCAGUGAAUUCGCUUAUAUUGAGCAUGUCGUACAAGUGAAUGAAUGUAUGCUUUUGUCUGUGUAAUAGACGUCUGUGUAUCAGCUGCGAAGUGACGUUCACGUGGAGGAUGCUGUUGUGCUUUAGGAAGUUCCCCAUGUCUAGCAAGUUAAGAAAGAAAAGUUAAGAAUGGUCGAGUGGUAGUCUGUUCGACGAAUUGCCGCGGUCAACGAGGAUAUUCCUGACCAAUGAGUAGCCUGAGUGAGCAACGAUCUAAUUUGAAGUUAGUUUACACUUUCUGAUCGAGUCGGUCGGCUUUCCAUUUGUUGAUAUCGCUACGACCCGGUGAAUGGCUCUACCCUUACGUGAACCUAGUUAAGCUGAAGGCGGUGAAGGAGCUCCAAAACAAAACAUGUUUAACUGUUGGACUACGGACGGUAUCACUAUGACCCAAAAAUGACUUCGGGCCCGGGUUCGGCCCGGAGAGCCGCAUACUGCCUUACGACUGUUGUUAGUAUUCGAUGCGGAUUAUCGUUCUGCGCUACGCCGUACUCAACGCCGGUAACAGCUCACAUAACAAUAACAGCACCAACAACGGCAACAAUAACAACAAUAACAACGAAACCACAAACACCCAGUCAAACCAAAACAACUACCAAAAAGACGUCGGAGGCCACAUUUCAAGCAGCAUCGACCGAUGAAUCCAAGAUCGAAUCUCGUUCAGUUCCGAAUCACAGCAAAGAACGCAUACCGAGUUGUCUAUUGUCCAUCACGGGGAUUGUAAUUUCGGGUUUCUGUAAUUGCCACAACCACUUUCCAUGCUACAGGACGCAACAAACAAACAGAAAAACGUUGCAAAUCAACGACUCAAGAUCUUGUUCCCUUGCGCUACUGGAUGCCGCUGGCCUCACCGUUGACACAAGCCACAAACAACGAUUUGGUAGGGCCAGUAGGUUGCGCGAAAUCAGCUGUCUGCUACACAAGUUCGGCCAUCGAGCAAAUCUGUUUGUUUCCAGUGCCGAUGCGUUCGUUCCAUGAGCCGCUAUUCGGGGUGAACGCUUUACUUAGACUUUUUCGAUGAUUAGGACACGUGGACGGCGUCGAAGAAGAUGCCCCGAAGAGCUGUUCGAAGUCUAGCCACGUUAAAAGCAAAUCGGAGGACAUUAGCAGGACCUCAACCAGUUGACCGCAAGAUAAACUGAGAAAACUUUGCAAGAACCGGUAGUAACAGCAGCAGAAGCGAGAGGAAGUUUUAAACAAUCGGCAAAAUCAAAAUUAACGAAAACAAUUGCUUUUGAGCAGCAAGAAAAUUGCGCCAUUAUCUUAUGUCCACGAUCACAAUCACAGACAGCAUACGGCGCUCCUUUUAACAACUUCAACGAAAAUAACAACAAUAAGAAGCUGCUGUACCUUUGCAGUCGUAACUGUAGAAAUGGCGGUCUGCGUCCUGACAGUUUCCUGAUGCACUGUAUCAUCUUCAUCAGCUGUUGUGAAAGUCGCAUUCAUCCAACUACUUAAUUACACAGCAGGCACAUUACCACCUUCGUCAUUACGAGCCGCUAUUUUACAGUGAAGAGAAAAACGUGUUUAAUCAUAAAUUGUGCUCGCGCCAAGUGCGACGGUGGUAUCAACAUGCGCCCGUCAACGUUCACUGAAGUAUUCGCAGGGAAGCGUCAAAAUAAAGGGUGACGAGACAGGCCUCGUGAGCAUUGCUAUGUUAUUAUUAUUACUAUUAUUGCUAUUGCUCUUAUUCGAACGGAUAAUUAGAUUCCAGCUGUUCGUUACUGCUGUCUUCAUCACCAUCGUCAUUCAUCGCUCACCAAUUAAUCAUCUGAGCCGACAACCCAAUUGAACGUUGAUGGAACUCGUGAAGUCCUGAAGCGUAGUAAGAUUUUAGGCUGUAGUUUGGCACAUGUUCAGGACGAAACGAAGAAAACGGACGACCGUAAGUGCUAUUCGGAGACUAAUUAAAAAAAUAUCAAGCCGCAGAUUGACUAAACUGUUUUUUACUACGAAAAUGUCUACAGAUGUGUGAAAUAUGAACGUAGGGUGGAACUUUUCAACGAAUUGCGCCCUAAGACCGCUGUAAUCGGCCCAGCUGAAAUCUAAUUUCUGACUUAAGGUAGUACAAGAACACUCAACUUUGUAUCUCGCCUGGGACAACAAGUGUUAACCUAGGAACGAAUAAAGGUUCCGGAGCUUCUCUAGACGUCACUAUAGCCAGUAGCUUUCAGCUUUGUUUUGUUUGGGUCAUUGACGAAUUCUGCAUGUCCUCGGAACAGUAGUGGAUUGGCAAAAUAUGGCUUGUAACAUUACCUCGUAAUCAGCAGCAAUCGGUCGCGUUUCUCUGCGAGACAAAAGGCUCAGUCAGUCUUGAUUUGACAUCUAUUUUGAAAGGAUUUCAAUCUGACUAGCUAACCCCACUAUUUCGGAUCACGUGGGACGAACGCGAGGCUACACGCGAAGUCUAUGAGCACAACAAACAACCACCGACCGCACACGAGAAACCUGCCAACUUUACUAAACGUAUUUAGCUAAUAUAAUAAAAAACGAAUCUGUUUCAACAAAUUGAUUUAGAAAAGCCGUAACCAAUCCACAAUUUCAAGACUGAGCUGUCUGGAUGCUCAAAAAAGCGUCGCAUCUAUAAGUCGAUCGUGCUCUUGCAUAAACCUUCGUGUCUGCGCAUAGGUGAAGCUAAUAUGUGACAGGUCAAGCCGUUCUCAGUUCACGCACUGCCGUUGAACAGAACAAUCGAUCUGCCAUACUGAAACAAUCAGCCCUAUUUUCUAGAGAGUUUUCAGUGAAGACGCACACAUUUAACCAAUACACGCACAUACAAAUUGCAACAGUGUCUCAACAAACGUCAAUAUAUGUCAGCAAGAAUAGCACAACCUAUGAAGAUUUAGAAGUAACUUACUAAGAGGCGCAGUCGGACGAAGGGCAAGACGAAAAAAGAAACACUAACAACAAACAAUAGAAACAGGUGGAAGUUGUCGCCUUAAGAACAAAGUGGCACGCCAGCGCCUUUUGCAGCGCCUUAAAUUUAAGUACGACUCCUCUCGCAGAUAGUAGUCGUUUCGCGCUGGCGGCGCUCAGGGUCCGAAGAGUCGGAGGGGUCAGGAGUAUCAGCAGUACAAGAUUAGGGGUAAGAUAAUCCUGUGAUAGCAAUUACACUGCUGACACACACGGAGACGAACACACAUAGACACACCGAAGUCUGACUCGCACGCGCACGGAAAUUUAUUAAUUUCCGUCUCAUUGCUACUCGUGCAUUAUUUCGAAAAUCAUCAACGUCAUCGACGACGAUCGGGUUCCGACUUCAGAAAUUGACUGUAUUUUCAUUUUUGUUAGGGAGACGAUGACGAAGGCAAACUUGAAAUCUCGUACCACUCCCUGCACUCUCCUUUAAAAUUGGACAACAAAAUCAACAGUAGAUGCAAGAAAUCGACAAACGUUUGCUUGCGUACGGAAACUUGUAUCGGUCAGGGCAGUGCGAAAAGUCAAUCCUAGAGCUGGAACCCAUUGAAGAUACUUGGAAGAAACAGUGAGUGCCUUGAAGGGGAGUCGUAAAUGAAAAAACUAAUCGAGUCCAUACGUUCGUAUGGAAUUCUCAUAGCAAAGGUAUGGCACGGGUAACAGUUAUAUCAUCAACCGGGACAAGACGUGGCUCUUAGGGAAGCUAGCUGGAUCAAGCAAACAACGUGUCUCCCUCGUCUAUCAUCAAUACGUCUGUAUUAAUCCCGUGUGUGUGUCCGUUUCGGUAUGUUUUAGCAAAGUGACAAUGAACCGGCUUCUGAGUGUGAUAACGGCGUUACUCCUGAUCGUCUCGACGGAGGCUCAUCAGACCCUGCAACCUGGGCAAACUUCGCGCGGUCGCAACGUGAGCCAAAUACUGGACAACUUCUUCAUCCGAGGAUAUGACAAAAGAGUGAGACCCAACUACGGCGGGCUUCCGGUGGACGUGGGGGUCACAAUGCAAAUCAUCAGUAUCAGCACCGUCUCCGAAGUCCAAAUGGAUUUCACGUCAGAUUUCUACUUCCGACAGCGAUGGCGAGACGAACGACUGUCGUUUGGCGCGCUGCCGGCCCUCGAGUCAAUGACGGUCGGUGCUGAGGUGGCGGAAAAGAUCUGGGUGCCCGACACGUUCUUUGCCAACGAGAAAAGCGCUUACUUCCAUACAGCAACCACGCCCAAUACCUUCCUUCGCAUCUCGCACAACGGCGAUGUGCUUAGAAGCAUUAGAUUAACCGUUACGGCUAGCUGUCCCAUGGAUUUACGCUACUUUCCGAUGGACCGACAAUCGUGUACUAUCGAAAUUGAAUCCUUCGGCUACACGAUGAAGGAUAUCAGUUACCGAUGGUCGGAUGGCGAAAAAUCGGUGCGUAUCAGCAAAGAGGUUGAACUGCCUCAGUUCAAGGUGCUCGGACACUCACAACGUUCGCGCGCUGUAGCUCUCUCGACUGGGAAUUACUCUCGACUCGUUUGCGAAAUCCGUUUUGUUCGCUCAAUGGGUUACUAUCUUAUACAGAUUUACAUUCCCGCCGGCCUUAUUGUAGUUAUCUCAUGGGUAUCGUUCUGGCUACACCGUAACGCGACCCCAGCUCGAGUCGCGCUUGGGGUCACCACAGUUCUCACAAUGACCACGCUCAUGUCUUCCACCAACGCUGCACUGCCAAAAAUCUCAUACGUCAAGUCCAUUGACGUUUACCUCGGUACGUGCUUCGUUAUGGUUUUUGCCUCGUUGCUCGAAUACGCCACCGUUGGUUACUUGGGUAAGCGGAUCGCCAUGAGGCGUACGCGAUGCCAACAAAUGGCCAAAUUGGCUGAGCAGCGGAGACAGCUGGAACAACUUGGUGAUCCUUACAGGCCGGGUCCGUAUGGUGGCGCAGGACCACCGUACGGGGGUGUAGCGGGUUAUGGAGGUCUAUUCUCGCUGGGACCCUCGCGGAUGCAUACUCCGGGCGCCAUUACGCCACACUACGACAAGAGCUGCGUUUCCAGUCCUACCGAGCCCACGCAGCAGCCGCACGACAUCUCACCGCCAAUCGUCAAGAGCGUCAGCACCUGUCAAGUGUGCCCGACGGCGGCGCCCCGGGAGAUCCGAGAAGUUUCUACAGCUCCAACCUACAUGAGUUUACACGAACGCCGGCGAGGUGUACCAGCGGACCCGUGCUGUGCAGGAGCUGUUCUAGGUGGUUUAAUAGGAGUCGGUGGGUCGGGUGGAGGCAUUGGGAUGGGCGGAAGCGGAGGCACGACCCAGAGUUGCGGCUGCCCUUCCCAGCCCACUUUGCCUCCACCCACGUCGACCACCCUAGCGGCCACAACGACAACAAACACGACUAUCACCGCACAGCAAGUGGCGCCGUCAACAUCGAUACCUAUGUAUCCAGGUAUCUUCCUCAACGAAUUAAUACUGAAACUUGAUGUUGCAUCGGAUCUUAGAAGCGGUCAAGAGGUUCGUCUACGAAUGAUUGAUUCGAAAGGGAGCGGACUAGGUCUGCUGCACAGAACGACGUCCUCGUUGGAGAACGCCUUAUCGCAACCUCCCCCAACUGCCGGCUUAUCAAUCAGCCUAGGAAAUUUGUCGACUGCGCCUGGCAGUGUCGGGCACGGGACGGCAUUGCUUCAAGAGCCGAUGUCCGACUCGCUAGAGACAGCUUUCUUCAAAAAUCCGAAUAAAUUGUUCGGAGUGUCUCCAUCGGAUAUCGACAAGUAUUCGCGAGUCGUAUUUCCCGUUUGCUUUGUCUGCUUCAACCUAAUGUACUGGAUCAUCUAUUUACAUAUUAGUGAUGUUCUACCGCAGGACCUCGUACCGGAUGACGCAUCACGGCGGUGAAACGUACCUAACGCGGUGCAUCGUCAUGGAAUCUAAGCAAAAACCUAUACAGCUUUACGUUGCUUGCAAGCUCAUACACACAGCCUCUCUCCUUAUCGAUGCUGAUGUCGCCAUUGUAGCGAUCCGGAGACUAACGCGCCGAAUACGAUACCGUUUGCUACGGCAGGCAAAAUCAACAGCUAAUAACUACUACUGAAAAAUGGCAUAGACUGGAUAGUAGCUGAUCUAGCUCGAGAGACAGCGCCAUAAUCAAUUAUAUCACAGUCAACCUACCUAAUUAUAUGCAAAGCUGAAAAUAACAACGUACGAUUUUGUCGGGCAGCAAGCGAAUGAACCAAUAACAAAAUAGCAACAGCACGAAGGGAGCAUGAAGCACCAAAUUGUAGGAGUUAGAAGAACGGGAAUGAAAUAUUAUACAGUAACCAAGUUUCCGCCUCUGCCGCUCGUAGCUAGGUCUCCAUGAAAACAAGCAUCUUGAGCUAACACGCUGAGCUACAUCUCAGAUCAGACCUGUAGAAACGGAAAUCUCUACCGAAAAUUCUAUCGUCGACGGAGAAAAUCAAGCACGUGUUGUUUUUGUCGUUAUUACGCCUGUGGCACCGACAAACAAACGGACUAAGCGGCCAGAUCCAUAGCUCUGUAUUCGGAAAAAGAUCGUACAACACACGCAAGUAAUGAACUAGUAGAGGAAACAACAACUGGCCGACCCAUACGUUCCGGCUGAACAGUGAUCGUUUUCUAUUGAAUGAUACCAGGUAGUUAAGCGCGAGCAAUCGAUAGUGGUGAUAACAAUGAUUAUCAACAGAAUGUUUAAACGCUGAUUAGUGUCCUUACAUCGGUCACCCGGUUGGCUGAGAUAAAGCCAUCACGAGGUUGUCCUAAAAGACAGUGGCCACUACUUUCGAGACAACACUGAAUAUUAUUAUAAGCCUAAAAGUACACAAUAGACGAGAUGAAAUCAAAGAAUAUACUGAUACUUGGUAUCAAACGAAUCGAUGUAAGAGGCUCAUUAAUCAAUAAGUCAGAAUGACGAUGAUGGAGAAAAAACAAACGAAACCUUAGGGUACGAGGCAUCACAAGUGCCUCGAAUGCAUGCUGAUUCAUUCAGAAGAAGCAGGCUGAAUGCAAAGUUAAGUGCUAAGGUAAACUAAUGAAAGGUUUGCAGCGGAAGCCAUCAUUACAUAAGACAGCAGCGAACCCACUGCUCUGAUUCUCUACUACCCCUCUUCCACAGGCUUCGCAUAGAUGAGAAACCGAAGGAAAGAAAACGAACGGAAAAAUGAAUCUGGUAAGAAUAUUAAUAGAUAACUGGAAAGAGACAAUUAUAUCAAUAUAUUAAUUAAUACUAACCGUUAUUCGUUUGUAUAAGAUCAUAACGUAAGGUCUAAACGAUUAUGAGUAUUACUGUUAUUAGGAUUAUAAGGUUAAUAUGUUUAUUAUUAUUAAG